GAUUUGGAAUGUCCCCAUGAUGAAGAAUUACUCAGAGCGACAAGGAUAGCGGAGUAUUUUUUCUUUCUUUUUUUCUUUUUAAAAUUGAUUUAAGAUGGGUAGUUUUGGUAUUUUAUUUAUGCUUUGUUUUGCUGGAUGUCUCUGUGUUUCCCGUGGAACAGCAGAAAUUUGCAGAGGAGCGCACUGUUUUGGCGCGCACAACACACAAUGCACGGGCGCGCAAUGCUUAGGGCGCACUGGGACAAGUUCAAGUCAACUCGCUACCGCAUCGCGUGGUAGACCACCGCAGACCAGGCAUCAGCAUGGUUAUAACGACGCUGCAUCCAGAGGACAGUCAGUUCCGUAUACUAUAUACCCCCCACAGAACGGAGGAGAAAGAUCUACACGGCAAAACCCGAGGAGUAUAACUGCUGAGGUGUAUAACCCAGAAUGUGCUGAGGGGGACUGUGCGACUCCCAAAAGGCUUUCUCGAAAUGACACUCAAGAAUGUAAAGGUAUUGAGUGUAAAUUGCCUCUUCGAAUUCGUUCGAAGCCGAAACCACAGUCAUGUGUUGGGGAACAGUGCUCAGGCACCGCCGGCUCCACUGGGGGAAGAGCCAGGUCCUCCGUGGUGCAUUUACCGGACAGAGCCGCUCAAUUUUUGGGGGAAUUUUCAGAUCUCACCUCAGAUCUCGGAUCUUCGUUUGGAAUUCAGCUGACAUGUGACGCCAAAGCAGGCUCCAAUGAGGUCCCGUCGGAGGACGCGCUGGUGCUGCAGCUGCACAUGGCCAAGGGCCAGGAGCGUCUGGUGGAGGAGUUUCGGGCGCAGCAGGCGCAGGUGUCCGAGGUGCAGAGCCGUCUCUCGGAGCAGCAGAGCACGCUGCUGGCCCAGCAGCAGGAAGUCCUGGAGCAUCAGCGGCGCACGCAGCAGCUGCUGGAGCAGGUCAAGGCCCAGUUCGGCCUGCUGCAGGACUCGCUCAACCAGCUGUCCCUGCGCGCCGCCCACGCCGAGAUGGGCGCCCACCACACCCUGGGCAGCAAGCGCCAGGAGCGGCCGCCCGCCCACGAGUCGUACGUGGACAUGGAGGCCAGCGUGAUGGACGUGGGCCGGCCGCUGCUGGAGUGCACGGCGUGCCGCGCGGACGAGUACUGCGACUUCAGCGGCGAGCGGCCACACUGCCAGAGAUGCACCGUGUGUCCGCCAGGCUUCUUCCUGGUGGCUCAGUGCUCUGUUCACGCUGACCGCAUAUGCCAGGAUAGAGAUGAAUGCCUGGAGAUAAGCAACCUCUGUGGAGAGCAAAACCAGUGUCUCAACACUCCAGGUGGGUUCAGGUGCCAGGGCAUGUCGGAGCGUGAGGGUGCGGCGGGCCACUGUGGCCAUGGCUACUACUACAGCUCGCACCUGCAGGAGUGCCAGGCCUGCUCCGACUGUGACCACACCCCCGUGGCGGCGGCCUGCUCCGCACUGCGGGACACCGUCUGCUCCACGUCGCCCGCUCCCGAGGGCACCGGCGGCGGCGGCAGCGGUCAGCUCUCGCUGUCCUGGUCCGGCAACGUCGUCCUGCCCCCGUCCGAGUCGGCGCACGGCAGCGGCUUUCCCAGCAUGCAGCUGAUGAUCCAGGCGCGGGGCGGGGGCAGUGGGGGCGCGGGCUGCGGCGGCGAGCUGGUGGCGUGCGAUGGCGGGCAGCUGCGCGUGCGCCAGCACGGCCUGCUGUGGGCCGACUACAACCUGGCGCUCCGGCACGGCUGCCGCAGCUUCGUCCAGGCCUGCCUGCGCCUCAACAGCACGGGCGACGCGUCGUCGUCGUCGUCUUUGUCGUCGGCGCCGGACAGGGCUCCGCAGCAGCAGGACGAGGGUCGCGACCUGAGCGGCGUGCGUCUGGAGCAGCGCGAGGGCCGCGCGCUGCAGAGCGCCAGCGUGAGCGCGGGCAGCGCGGUGGAGGCGGGCCAGACGCUGGGCCUGCAGCUGCGCUCCGCCAGCCACCACUGCAGCGCGGCGCCCGCCAACGAGCAGCUCCACCUCCACGCCGGCGGAGCCGCCGCCUCGCCGUUCAGCCUGCUGUGGCUGUCGCACGACACCGGCGCGGUGGCCAUGACGGCGCAGGCGGUGGCCUCGGCCCACUACCACACCAACUACCGGCCGGCGUUCCGCGUGACGGCCGUGUCGGACCCGUACGUGCUGGCGCUGACGCACGACGAGCGGGGCGUGCGCUUCGCCGAGAGCGGCUCGCUGCGCUUCGUGCUGCAGCAGGCCGUCUACUCCAUGGGGCAGACGUGCGUGAGCGAGGGCUUCACGCUGCUGGCGUACGCCUCGCGCAACGGCUCCAGCGCGGAGGUGGCGCGGGCCUCGCGGCACGGCGUGCACUACCGCGACACCUCGGUCUCGCUGUCGGCGGCGGCCACGGUGCACGCGGGCGACGCGCUCUCCUUCGAGAUCCUGGCGCCGGCGCAGUGCAACGUGCGCUACUUCGGCGACGGCACGGGCAUCAGCAUGCUCAGCCUGCUGUGGGUGCCGCGCGCCUCCUCGGCCUCGCUGUCCGCCGCCGUCUCGCCCAAGGGCCUGCCGUCCGGCGCCGUGCGCAACCGGCCGCUGCACUUCCACCAGACGUCGGCGCGCGCUGAGCCCCUGGAGGUCAGCGGCGCGCAGGACGCCCACCCGCAGCGCGAGCUGCUCUUCCGCCGGGACGGCUCGGCCAGCGUGGCCCUGGAGCUGCGGCUCAUCCACUCCUGCAGCCUGCUGAGGCUCACGCUCAACCGCCGGGCGCGGGGCGAGGGAGCGGGCGAGGGAGCGGGCGAGGGCGCGGCGGAGGCCAAGAACGAGCCGCUGGCCCAGCAGGUGGCCGGCCAGAUGCCCGAGGGCAGCCAGUGGGCCAACGUGGCGCUGCGCGCCUCCUUCCAGGUGCAGAACGGCACGGCGGUGUUUGUGACGGUGGACUGUGUGCGCGGGCGGAUCAAUCAGAUCGCCCACGAGUCAGGCAGCAGUAGCAUGUCUGUGCUGUGGGUGGCCGCCUAG